AUGGCAUCAUCUAAGACGUCCAACAAAGUUUCUUUAAGACUGCCUCACAGCUCUUCUGCUCCUGACUUGAGUACAUGGAGUCGCCCGGUAGGCUCCACAACAGAAACGCCUGCUUGCUUCCUUCCUCUUGAAGAAGCAACACAAUUAGAGUUCCACAAAGAAUGUGGACGCGGAAAGAGCACUGGUGAAAUGUAUUUCACUUGGCACUGGGAUGCAGUGUUGGUGCUCUUGGUGACACAGACUGAACACCUGGUGCUCUUGGUGACACAGACUGAACACCCGGUGCUCUUGGUGACACAGACUGAACACCUGGUGCUCUUGGUGACACAGACUGAACACCCGGUGCUCUUGGUGACACAGACUGAACACCUGGUGCUCUUGGUGACACAGACUGAACACCUGGUGCUCUUGGUGACACAGACUGAACACCUGGUGCUCUUGGUAACACAGACUGAACACCCGGUGCUCUUGGUGACACAGACUGAACACCUGGUGCUCUUGGUGACACAGACUGAACACCCGGUGCUCUUGGUGACACAGACUGAACACCUGGUGCUCUUGGUGACACAGACUGAACACCAGGUGCUCUUGGUGACACAGACUGAACACCCGGUGCUCUUGGUGACACAGACUGAACACCCGGUGCUCUUGGUGACACAGACUGAACACCUGGUGCUCUUGGUGACACAGACUGAUCACCCGACUGAACACCCGGUGCUCUUGGUGACACAGACUGAACACCCGGUGCUCUUGGUGACACAGACUGAACACCCGGUGCUCUUGGUGACACAGACUGAACACCCGGUGCUCUUGGUGACACAGACUGAACACCCAGUGCUCUUGGUGACACAGACUGAACACCCGGUGCUCUUGGUGACACAGACUGAACACCCGGUGCUCUUGGUAACACAGACUGAACACCCGGUGCUCUUGACUGAACUCCCGGUGCUCUUGGUGACACAGACUGAACACCUGGUGCUCUUGGUAACACAGACUGAACACCUGGUGCUCUUGGUAACACAGACUGAACACCCGGUGCUCUUGGUGACACAGACUGAACACCCGGUGCUCUUGGUGACACAGACUGAACACCCGGUGCUCUUGGUGACACAGACUGAACACCCGGUGCUCUUGGUGACACAGACUGAACACCCGGUGCUCUUGACUGAACACCCGGUGCUCUUGGUAACACAGACUGAACACCCGGUGCUCUUGGUGACACAGACUGAACACCCGGUGCUCUUGGUGACACAGACUGAACACCCGGUGCUCUUGGUGACACAGACUGAACACCCGCUGCUCUUGGUAACACAGACUGAACACCCGGUGCUCUUAGUGACACAGACUGAACACCUGGUGCUCUUAGUGACACAGACUGAACACCCGGUGCUCUUGGACAACAUGCCCGUGCCCCAGGACAACAUGCCCGUGCCCCAGGACACCAUGCCCCUGCCCCAGGACACCAUGCCCGUGCCCCAGGACACCAUGCCCGUGCCCCAGGACACCAUGCCCGUGCCCCAGGACACCAUGCCCGUGCCCCAGGACACCAUGCCCGUGCCCCAGGACACCAUGCCCGUGCCCCAGGACACCAUGCCCGUGCCCCAGGACACCAUGCCCGUGCCCCAGGACACCAUGCCCGUGCCCCAGGACACCAUGCCCGUGCCCCAGGACACCAUGCCCGUGCCCCAGGACACCAUGCCC